AUGGUGCAGAAGUAUCAAUCCCCCGUACGGGUGUAUAAACACCCUUUUGAGUUAAUUAUGGCGCUGUAAGAAUUAAUUUUUGCAUAUGAAAGAAGGUUUCCUACAUGUCCUCUGAUCCCUAUGUUUGUAGCCAGUGACACCGUAAACGAAUAUAAGAGUGAGGAUGAAGCUAUCCAUGUGAUUGAACGGCGCUGUAAGCUGGAUAUAGAUGCACCACGGCUGUUGAAAAAGAUUGCAGGAGUGGAUUAUGUCUACUUUGUCCAGAAGAAUUCUUUGAACAGACGAGAAAGGACUUUGCAUAUAGAAGCCUACAAUGAAACCUUCUCUAACAGAGUCAUUAUUAACGAGCACUGCUGUUACACAGUUCAUCCUGACAAUGAAGACUGGACCUGUUUUGAACAGUCAGCAAGUCUGGAUAUAAAAUCUUUUUUUGGUUUUGAAAGCACAGUGGAAAAGAUUGCUAUGAAGCAGUACACCAGCAAUAUUAAAAAGGGAAAAGAAAUAAUAGAAUACUACCUGAAGCAGCUGGAGGAAGAAGGAAUAACUUUUGUUCCUCGCUGGACUCCUCCUGUUGCGUGUAAAUUGGAGAGCAGCGCACGCCCCGCGAGACGGCCAGCUUCACCCGCUGUUAAUAUACCAGACUCUGCCACAAAGGAGGGCUCGAACAAUAAGGAGAUCCUCAACACCGCAGGCAGCCCCUCGGAGCCCACAGCAGGAACGCCCGAUGACAAGCUGGACGCAGACUACAUCAAGCGGUAUCUGGGUGACUUGACACCAAUGCAGGAAAGCUGCCUCAUUCGACUGAGACAGUGGCUCCAGGAGACGCACAAGGGCAAAAUCCCAAAGGAUGAGCACAUUUUAAGAUUCCUGCGUGCCCGGGACUUCAACAUUGAUAAAGCAAGAGAGAUCCUUUGCCAGUCGCUGACGUGGCGUAAGCAGCACCAGGUAGACUAUAUUCUAGACACCUGGAACCCUCCUCAGGUACUCCAAGAUUACUAUGCAGGUGGCUGGCAUCACCAUGACAAAGAUGGUCGCCCGCUGUAUGUGCUGAGGCUGGGACAGAUGGAUACAAAAGGCUUAGUGCGAGCUCUUGGGGAAGAGGCCUUGCUUCGAUACGUUCUUUCAAUAAAUGAAGAAGGACUGAGGCGAUGUGAGGAGAAUACGAAAGUAUUUGGCAGGCCAAUAAGCUCUUGGACCUGUCUGGUAGAUCUAGAAGGCUUGAACAUGCGACAUUUGUGGAGACCUGGUGUCAAAGCAUUGCUAAGAAUCAUUGAGGUGGUCGAAGCUAAUUACCCUGAGACUUUGGGUCGUCUUCUUAUCCUAAGAGCACCUCGAGUAUUCCCAGUUCUUUGGACACUGGUUAGUCCAUUCAUUGAUGACAACACUAGAAAGAAAUUCCUUAUUUAUGCUGGAAAUGACUACCAGGGUCCUGGGGGGCUGCUGGAUUACAUUGAUAAAGAAAUUAUCCCUGAUUUUCUUGGUGGAGAGUGCAUGUGUGAAGUACCAGAGGGCGGGCUGGUUCCCAAGUCCCUCUACCGGACAGCAGAAGAGUUGGAAAAUGAAGACAUAAAGCUUUGGACUGAAACAAUCUACCAGUCCGCAAGUGUCUUCAAAGGAGCGCCGCAUGAGAUUCUCAUUCAGAUUGUGGAUGCCUCGUCUGUGAUCACGUGGGAUUUCGAUGUGUGCAAGGGCGACAUUGUUUUUAACAUCUUUCAUUCCAAAAGAGCCCCACAGCCUCCGAAGAAGGACUCUCUGGGAGCUCACAGUAUUACAUCUCCUGGUGGGAACAACGUCCAGUUGAUAGACAAAGUCUGGCAGUUGGGGCGUGAUUACAGCAUGGUGGAGUCUCCUCUUAUCUGCAAAGAAGGGGAGAGUGUGCAGGGAUCGCAUGUGACCAGGUGGCCUGGCUUCUAUAUUCUCCAGUGGAAAUUUCAUAGCAUGCCUGCCUGUGCUACAACCAACCUGCCUCGUGUGGAUGAUGUGCUAGCAUCUCUGCAGGUCUCCUCUCACAAGUGUAAAGUGAUGUACUAUACAGAAGUAAUAGGAUCUGAAGAUUUCAGGGGAUCUAUGACCAGCCUUGAAUCAAGCCACAGUGGAUUCUCCCAGCUCAGUGCUGCCACCACCUCUUCUAGCCAGUCCCACUCCAGCUCCAUGAUUUCCAGGUAGUGCCACAACGGAUGAGAUGGCUGGACCCUCGCCUGUGGCAGCUGACUGCGAUACAGCAUACUCAGCCGGCAAUUGCGCAAAAAACCCCCACCCCACUAAAGCCUUUUACAGAUAUAAAGUAGCUGUUUGAAUUUUAAACUUAGUUGUUUUGGUCCUUGUUAGAUCCAACAGCGUGUCUCUUAACUUUAAUUCAUUUUCCUAACUCAGCCAUAAAUAUUUUUGCAAGUGUGCUUGCACAAAUCCUAACUCUGAACACAAGGGCUCUCACUGAAAGGAAGAAUAACCAGUGCAUCAGUUAAGAAGAUUUUUUUUUAACUUGUGUGAAUGUUAAAAAGCAAAAAAGAGAAAAACCCUACCAAAAAUGCUCCUUAGUGCAUUAGAGAUCAACUGCAAAUCUCCUGUCAGGACAUUCCUUGCCAUCUUAAGAAAUCCCCUGUGAUCUUCCAGUGCUGCAAACUGUUCUCCCGUUGCCACUUAAGUGAUGUCCGAGACAAAGAAGCAGUUGCUGGAUACUUGACUUUGUGAGUCCGUUUUUUUCAAAGCACGCCCACAGAGCU